AUGAAACCGGGUGGGGACCUCAGGGGCAGCUUUCUUGCAGCCGUGGGGAACACCAUAUCGCAGGCGGAGCCACUAGGGGUUCCAAAGAUAAACCCGGACGAUUCCUCCUCUUCGAGCGGGGAAGAGUCCGAGCCCCCGGUGCAACUUCCCCGGCGCAGCCGCCGCGCUUCAUCCAUCACGAGGGCCGGAAACGCGGCGCUCUCUUUGUCCAGCAGUAUACCCGCUGCUUCCACGGCCGAUCCCGUCGCCCUUGAAGGGGCUUCCUCGCAGGCACACCAACACCAAGGCAAAGCCAGGAGGUUGGCCUUGGAGAAGAUGAACGAGUCUGCCAGAAGCCUGCUCGUGGCCGCGCCCGCCUACCCAGACGGGGUCGGGGGGCGUCUCGCCGUAGCCCCCUCGAGUUCAGUAGCCGAACCGCCGACUAACCCCGCAAGCGACGCUGCCGGGAGGAGCAAACGGAGGAGAUACAGGAUGGUAUUCGACGAAGAGGGCUUGGCCGCAGCCGAUUCGGGAAGAAAAGCAGCAAGGGCCCAGGGGCUCCCGUUCGGCCUGGAAGCUGUGCCCGACGAAAGCGACCCGACCCUGCUGUGUGUUCGGGAGCUUGCAUCGGGUGGGGCAAGUGCAGCCGGGGACGUUGUUGCGCGUGUGAAGGCUACGCCGACGGUUGCAGGCGGGCGGGAAGCCGUCUACAGCGUUCUUCUUGGCGGAGGAAAAGGGGAGGGUGCGGAGGGAGAGUUGAUGGCGAUCCGGGUUUCGACACACCCGACGAGGCUUGCUGCUCCGAGGGAGGUUCAGGCGGUGCUUCUGCUCGGUCAGGAGGAGGAGGAGGAGCCGGCGGGAGGGGAACUGCUUGAGCAAGGAACUUGCGGAGUGACGGUGUGGGGCUCGGCGACGGCAAGCCGGGCCGACGGGUUGUGGGAAGCCGCCCUCGCCGGAAGGGCCCGUCAAGCGGUGGUCAGGCUGCAGAGCAAGGCGGCCACGUGGUCCUCGACCACAGAAUCGUUCGAGCUGGACUUGCUAGAGGCGUGGCGACCAGGUCGACUAAGCGCAAAGAUGCCCACACAAACGGAACCAGCCUCCGCCACCGCAGCUACUGCUUCGUCACAACCCGCCCCCGAGACGGUGCAAAUGGUGGCAGCCCGCGAUGGGAGCCAAAGCGCUAGGAGCGGCUCCUCGAGCGCUAGAAGUGGUGGGAACGGAAGCCGCCGGAUACCAUCGAUGCAGCUUGCCCGGGUGAAAGACACUGGUAGUAGCCCGACGGCAGGCAGCGGCGGCGGCAGCAAGGGAGAAACGAGCGGUGGCGACAAAAAAGGCGCGGGGAAAGAUGAGGGCGGGUUUUCGUGGGAGGUGGCGGUGGCCGCGCCGAUACCGCCGUUGCACGGGUUCUGCCUGGCCGUCGUUGGGUUGGAGACGGAGAUGGUUGGAGCGGCCGUCAAGCUGGUGGAUAGAUCGGCGGAAGUGGCAGAAAAGGAGGCAGCCGUCGGGUUUGAGGGGUUUGACAAGGUCUACCGCAACACCUACGUCUGCAACCUCUGCCUGUUAACCUUGGCGGUCUCCUUCAUGGCCGACCUCUACCCGGGGGCUCCGUCUCAUAACGUUCCCAUUUCGACCGCCCUGCUGUGGGCGUGCAGCAACGUCGACGGCGUGAGGGCCCUGCGGAGGCGCUCCUUCGCCUACGCCCUUAGCACCGCGGUGCUCGUGUCUCUGUUCAUGGACGUCGACUUUCUCGCGUCGGACCUUAAGGCGUACGCGUUGAGCCAAUUGGAGGAUGAGGACGACGACCUUCAGAGAGUCAUCGUCGAAAGAAACAUGCACGCGUUCGGGAGGAUUGUUGUUGGUAUCGCGGCGGGACUCAAGGCGCUGUCCUGGCAAGGGCUGCUCGCGACCUUUCCGCAGGGCGUCCACGCGCUGAACCUGCUCUGGAGGAGGUUUAAGCUGUUCUUGCCCGUGUGGGGAUCGCCCCGAAAGCUCACCAAGGAGGUGUACAACCGCGUGGUCGCUUUGGCCUGGCUCCACCUGCUUGCUGCAAUGGCUCUCGCAGUCAUGGCAGGCGUUGCAGGGAUAGGGUUCGAGUGGGCUCCGCAGUUCGCCAGCUCCCAGGGGGCGGGUAUACCGCUUGCCGCCAUCUGCUUCUUGAAGAGCCUCACGGAUCUGCUGGUGUCGGCAGCGCUCUUCCGUAACAUGGAUCUGGCGCUCUGCCUGAACGUGUUUGGGUGUCUAGCGUGCUUCCAAGGGUGGCAUCAGGCUAGAGAGGAGCGCCGCCGAGCACGACAUGGGGUCACGUACCCUAAGGUUGUCCUUGAGUGGGACUACAUUAUGCUCUGCGGUUACGUCAAGAUCUUCGAUAUACUAGUAGGGCUCUGGCUGUGGGUAGGUCUUGGUUGGUCUUGGAGCGAAGACCGCGACUACUCGGAGAGGCACAGCAUCCGCAUGCUGCUGGUCGCCAUCACUACCGUCCAGACGCUCACGGACGUGUGGUCCGUGUUUCUUGGCAUCACGGUGUCCCUUCUGGUGUCUCAGUACCUAUUGAGGAAGGAGAAGUCGGCGGACGCCGCACGAAACGCCUUCGGUGACGGGCAAGGGGGUGACAAGGAUGUCGAGAUCGCGCGCAGCCUGUCCACGGGACGCCUGCUCGCUUCCCCUCCCAUGAGCUCAGAGGAAGCGUCUUCGGCCGACGAGGGUGGCGGGAGAAGGGGAAGGAGGGACGACACCGAGAGCAGCGACGACAGCUACAGCACGGGAGAAAGCGACACGGAAAGCGACACGGAAAGCGACGACGAGGCGUUCCUCGAAAAACGGGCGACAGUAUCAGGCGUCGACAUCAAACUAGGAAACGCAGCAGCGGCACAACCGGCAUCCUCCUUCCUAUUGGGUACCGCCACAGCAACAACGCUGGGGGACGGGAGUGCCGUAGUGACGACCCAGCCUACACAAGGGGCCCCGUGGCCUUCCUCAAACGGUGGCCCUAGAGCAGCGCCCAGGCGGCGGAGCAUGUUCGCGCCGGGGGGCAAUCGACUGGUGUACAAACGGGCAUUCAGCGCCAGGUGCCGGAUAGGCCGCCUACCGGAGGUGGAAACCCUCGCUGGGCACCUUCGGGGUCAGGGGUUCGUCGUGGUCGCGUCGGGGCCGGUAGCCGACGGCCGCACCAAGAUCUACGCGUGCGCCCGCGGGAUAGGGGUGGAAGCACUCUUCUUUGCAGAGCUGGUAUUCGAGAAAGAGAUGCACGAGCUGGCAUUCACGUUCAAGUGUCAGGACGAACGCCUGACGUCGAGGUUCGUGUGCCACAUGCACCUGCGUCGGGUUAUCGGCGACCAUCAGCCGAUCGCAUAG